UCCAGUUCAAGAAGGAUAUCACCCGAAAAGCUAUCGCGUAAAUUUUUGUACAUUAUCUACACCCUUUUAUGAUUUCAAAAUCCCUCGUAACAUUCACGAUUCUCCAUUUUAAAACCUGAAAAACCCCUUUAUCUCCGCAAUCAUCACCACUUUCACUAAUUUGUCGUGUAAUUUAUGAAAAAAUUCGGAAAUAGUGAGGUUAUAUUUAUGUUUACGUUCUGUAAAACCACGCAAAGGUCCUUGAAAUCGUGUGAAACCGGUCUUGUUGAAUUCAAAAGUGCCCCCGGUACGUGCGGCUUGAAGCUGGAUGAUGGAGGGGUGGCAACCGGCCUGCGAGGGGUGCGGUUACCCCGUGGAUUUGGAGGUGGAUUUGCAGUGUCGGCGAUGCGGGAGUUUCGCGCAUUUCGAGUGUGCUGAGGUUGCCCCGGAAACGGAUAUCCGAAGCGCGGGGAUUCGGCCCGACGAAGAUUAUAACUGCUCCGUCUGUAGAUCAGAGAAUCAGUCCAUGGAUCGGCUGCGCUCAGGGCAUGGCCGACAGCUGAGCCAGACACGCCAAAGCACGAGCAACGCUAACCAUACCCAUAGCCAAAUUCCUAACCGCAGCCCUAGCCGAACAAGACACGGAAUAAGGCAAGCUAGGCAAAGUCACAGCACUAGUCCUGCUGGCCGAAAAAGGAGCCACGCUAGCCGCAGUGCUAGCCUCGCGGGUCAGGAGUCGAGACGAGCGAGUAACGAGAGGUCGGGAUAUAACGCUAGCUUGACGAGGUAUAAUACUAUAAGCAACAAACAACCGGGCGAGUACGGAAAAACGAGUGGAAAAAGGGUGACAAUUCGGGAAAGCGAAGAUAUUCAGAACUGGAGAAAUUACGACUACAUAGAGAAUGAAGAGAUUCCAAUUCCAAUGAAUCAGCAGCAUGUAUCCGAGCAGUUUCCUAUUCGACAGGGCAUUUUAUCACAACCUUGUUCUCGGGAGCCGUACGAAACAUUUCCGUGUGAUGACCCUAACGACACUUGGGAUCAUUUAUCUAGCUUCGCCACGCAAGAACCGCGUAUUUGUCACAGACCGGCAUUUAAUUCAACUAACCAGCCGCCAACAGGCUGCUCGAAGCAAGGGCAUUGGGCCUCAACACUACCUCACCAUGUGGAUCAACAGCAAAUUUACCCAAGGGUCCCACGACAAAAUUACCUUGGGAUACCACAACAAUGUCAUCUCGGGGUCACGCAGCAAUGUCACUUUAUUGCCCCACAACUGAACUACCCAGGGGCCUCUCAGCACCUAGGAGCACCAUGUUACCUAGGAGCUCAAACACCGGGUCGCCCUUUGGUAAAUGUCGAGGUUCGACCCGAUUGCCCGAUGCAAAUCGCGGGGAUGAACAGAUUUGAUCCGUUGCAGACUACCUGUCCAUGUGAGGGAUCAAGGGCAAGCCAGCCUAGGUUUCACUCACAACCACGCUGCAAAGACCAACACGGUGCUGAAAAUUGGUCGACGAGAGCUGAAUUCGGCUCAGCUCCCAGAGAGUUUAAAGACAGAACUGAAACGGCAAGGCCACCACACCGUGACACUGAUGUAGGAAAUAAGGAAACCGGAGAGAACAGUUCUCGAAUGGCGGACAACCACUACCAAGACGGAAUAAGGCCCUUAAGAUCGGGCUUUUCUCCCGGAACCCAAAGCCCACGGGUGGAUGAGUCACAGGAAAACAAUGGACCAGAAGCUGAUAUUGAUCGUGCGUAUUCGGAUCACCGCCGACGAUCUUGGAGCACUUCUAAUGACGUCAGCCGGAACCAAGGAGGGCACCAAGUAAGAGAGAAUAUAGGGACCUACAGUUCGGGACCACCGAUACCGACAGAAGGCUAUGAAACAGAACCUGGCUCUCAACAAAGAUGCUUUGAGCCUCUUCUCACCUCCACCAGAAUCGGUCACCGUCAUGGACGAAGCCAAAAUCCAAACACGAAUGGAUUCCCUUUGCAAAACGAAGGCUUUGCUCCGAGAGUAUAUGUUGAUCGCAGUUACUCGGAGCUCCCCACGGGACCUAGGAGAACCUCUAAUAGUGCACUGGAGGCGUACCGGAAUCAGUUCACGAGCAAUGUGGAUCAACCCGGCAAAAAGGGCGAUUCCGUCUGCGCGCGACGCAGACAGGCUAAAACGGACCCUUGUGAGACAUUUCAAUUCCAGAAAGAACCUGACCCAAAUCUCAUUCGCGGUGGUUCCAGUUGUGGCCUAGGAAUGAGGCCCUCGCGAUCGUUUUAUACAGAAACAGGACCCACCUCGACACCGAAUCCAUCAGGAUUGGGGCCCAUGCCACUGGAUUACGGAGGAAUGGGGCCCUGUCAACCGAUUCCCACGGAAAUUGGGCCCCCUACGCCAAAUUGCUCAGGAAUGCUCCCGCAAGAAAUCGGGACUGUGCAGGCGUCUUACGCAGAUAUGGAGUUCUCAGUGGUUGGGCCCUCAGAAUCGUUUUACCUGGGACUGCGAACCCCACAACCGGUUUGUAGUGACGGUCAAAACUGCUGUGCUGAUAAUCAAUCUGGACCCGCUGGAGGACGCAUGUCCAACGAAGAACAACCGCAAGAGACGAGGUCGAAGAUGGAGAUCUGCGAGGACCUGACGAAUGAGGCCAUCGAGACUUUGAGCAAGCUGAAGGAAGCUUCUUCCAAAGUGGCGAGUGAGGACACCAAAGAGGACCCAGAUUGCUCGGAGGUCCACUCCGUUGGCUCUGUUGGUUCCAUUGGUUCCGCUGGUGCCGACCGGUGCGCCGAGAGAGACUGGAUGGCUAAGCAGGCCCGCACUUACCGCCAACUCGACGAGAUCGCCGCCAAAAUCGCGGCCAUGGAGAAGAAACACGAACACUUACUCGACGAAUCAGGAGAGAAAUCCACGGUUCGGCGGCAGCGGAGCGUCCACUUUGCGUCCGACUGCGACGUAGACGAGAAUUUGAAGCAAAUAUCGGUCAAAUUGGACACGAUGGAAAACAAUCAGGUGACAUUGUCGUCCUCGUGGUUGCAACAGCUCAAAGGCUUCAAGGCAUACACCGAGGCCGUCCAAAUGCGACUCUGCAAUCUCGAGCAACGAACCCGGAUGCUGGAGGAAAAGGCGCAAGAUGCAAACCAUCAGACCAUCCACCGCGUCAUCCAGGGCAGAGCGGGUGGAUCCAGGACGGCCUCUGUCAGGGAUCUCGCGUCCCUCCAGGACCCCGCCCGCGUCUCCAGCCAUUCCCUCUGUUCCUCCGUCCAGGUUCAGAUAGAGGACUCUGUUCAAGGUCAAAACGGGGACUCCGCCCAAGGUCAGAUCAAAAACACCGUCCAAGGUCAGAUUGAAGACUCCGUCAAUGACUGCAUUAAAGACGAAGAAGGGAGCAUCGCUCUCAGCCUGGAGGUCCUCAUCGAGGAGUUCAAAUGUCUGGAAGAGGUGCGGCAGAACUUGCUCCGACAAGCACGAGAUAGAGGGGACUUUCAAUCUGAUCCGGCAAUGCAAGAGUAUUUGGACACGCUUUCCAAGUUCGAUGCCGGAUUGGUGGAAAUGCGCAAGCUCUUCAAGGAUGUCACGUGGCUCGUCAGGGCCGAUAUUGGCCAGGUCGCGCAGGAGAGAGAGAAGGCGCAGAACAUUGCCGCGCAACUUAAAAAUUUGCUGGAGGAAUUGGAAGUCUCCAGAAGUCGAACUGUAAAGGCCGUUCAAAAAGUGCCCGACAAGCUUUUCGAAGACAACCAGUGCCAAGUGCUUCUUGGCUCCUUCGAAGUUAGCUCCGAAAAGUCCAGCAAGAUAGCAAGGAAAAUGCUAGACGAGAGUUCUGCCACUGGUUCUCGUGAUCUUUUGGAUAUAAUUUAAGCUGAAAGUCUUUAAAUCACACAUUUUUGAAGAAAUUAUCUUGCUAAUCGUCAAUUUUCUCUUUUCAGGGGAAUCUUCAGCACCUAGGAGAAGCUCAAUAGUCUACCAAUCAAUUCAUAUUUUCUAGAUUUUAAGUCGUUUCCUGAGAAAUUCCAAGCACAAAUCAUUCCACAGCAAGAAAAAAGAAUUGGUAGAAUUUACCAUCCCGACACGCUUUAUUCCAUACAGCGU